GCGCUGCUCUCCACCCGAACUCACCCGAACAGAGCCGAACAGAGCCGAGGAGGCGCGGGGGACGUCACGUGCUGGUCGGGAGGACGGGUUCAAGGUUCACUUCAGCUCCGAUCGACUAAAAGCGCCUUAUAAUCACUCCGAGAGCUCGUCGUUCAUGACACGUCACUGCUCUUGAUCUACACACGAAGAAUAUAAUUAUCAACAUAAGACUGUGUGAAAAGAGGCUGUUAAAAAUGUAUUGAAGAGAUUCAUUCAUAACGAGUCUGCAAAGCAGAGCGUUAGUGAUGUUCCAGAAGCAGGUCCUGCGCUUCCUGUGGCCCGUCCGAGGGUGCGCAUCACUUCCUGCGCCGCGCCGCCCCUGCAGCUCCAGGCCGACCAAUCAGGGCCGUCCCCCGGAGAACGAGUCUCUGCUGGAGAGCCUGUCUCUGCUCGGGGUGGACCUGUCCUCGGCCCGCAGGCGCCAGCCGGGCGUCUUGAGGAGGCUCCUGACCAACGAGCGAGGCCUGGCCCUGUUCCUGAAGAGCAAGGGGGCGGAGCCGGAGGCGGUGGCCAGCAUCAUCUCCCGCUUCCCUCGCUCCAUCACCCGGUCCUGCCAGCACCUGGAGGAGCGCUGGACGCUCUGGAGGAACGUGUUCAGGAGCGACGCCGAGGUGCUGGGCGUCCUCUCCCGCUCGCCCGAGUCCUUCUUCCGCUCCAGCGACAACGAGAACCUGCAGGAGAACAUCAGCUUCCUGCGGACGCUGGGGAUGACCGGCAGAGACCUGCACCGGCUGCUGACCACGGCGCCGCGGACCUUCUCCAACAGCGUGGAGCUCAACCGGAGCAUGGUGGAGUUCCUGAAGAGCAUGUGCGUGCGCUUCGGCGGCGCCGACCCGCAGAGCUUCGCCCUGGCCGUCAUCUCCAGGAACCUGUACAUCUUCAUCCGCAGCACGGGCCGCAUCCGGGCCAACGUGGACUUCCUGUGCAGCUCGCUCGGGCUGAGCGACGCCGAGGCGCUGGGGCUCUUCCACGGCCACGGGGCGCAGAUCCUGGACGUCUCUCACGAGAGCCUGAAGAAGAACGUCCAGAGGCUGCGGGAGAAGCUGGGCUCCCUGGGCUGCUCCGAGGACCACCUCCGCAGGAUGAUCCUGAACUACUCGCCGGUGCUGUUCGUCUCGUCCGAGCGGCUCAGCGACAAGAUGGACUGUCUGCUGGACGGAGGCGUGCCGCUGGAGAAGAUCCUCCGCAAGCCCAAGAUCCUGGACUUCAGCCUGGACUGCCUCCGCGAGCGUCUGCUGCACCUCAACGCUCUGGGCUACGACUUCCAGAGGAACGGCGUCGCUGUGCUAGACACGAGCAAGAAGCGCUUCUUCAGCAAACUACAGAGACUGAGCCCCGACACGUACGGCUGAGGACACAUCGGCGUGGUUUAGGAGGUCGUCAAGUCUGAAGGAUUACUUGUAUGUAAAGACGUCUGCAUCAGAAGUGAAACGCGUUCAGUUUGAAUAAAGCGGUUUCACAUACAAUUUUUGGAGAAUAAAAUAUCUACAUUUGGAUUGUCGUGCGCAAUUUUAGGGGAAACAAACUUCAAGCAACGUGUGCAUGAUAUAAAAGAAUAAGGAAGUAACACAUUUACAGUUAAAAAUGUGAAAUUACGACUGAUUUCUAUCUGGGGUGAAAGUACUUUUUUGCUGUAAUUAAAGGUUUAUUACACUGAAUCACA